UCCCUUAUCCUCAUUGUGUGGCCCUUAAAACAUAGAAAAUAGCAAAAAGCGGGCCCAUCCGAGUUGGAAAAAGCUUACGCCCAGAUGCUCAAUUUGUGGUUCCGUCAGAAAAACUUCGUGGGCACUGAUACCGCUUACCAUCACUGAAACCACUUAAGUCUGGUUUUGUUGCCGCCCAGAUUGACCCAUGUUCAAGAUCCAAGGAAAUUCUUACCGUUAUUUUUGGGUCUUAUUUUUUGGGAAUUUGGGUGCUAAACUUUGUGUGGUUUAUUCAAAGACAUGGUAUUAGAUGUUGGUUUUUUUUUUCCUUUUCUUUAACGGCAUAUUGUGGAGAGUUUAGACAUUCAAGAAGAAGUAAUUGAUAUAUUUGGGGCUUAUACAUUGGAUAUGGUGAUUGGUGUGUGGGUUUUCUCUGAUGGAUUGUUGAUAUUUAUUGUUUUUGUGGAGCUGUAUAUUAUGAGAUCUGGUGUUGUUAAACAUUCAAGAAGAAGUAAUUGAUAUGUUUGGGGCUUAUACAUUGGAUAUGAUGAUUGGUGAAUGUGGGUUUUCUCUUAUGGAUUCUUGAUAUUUUUGUUUUUGAGGAGUUGUAUAUUAUGAGAUCUGGUGCUGUUUGGGGAUUUUUUUAAUUCUAUUUGUGAUAGAAAUUUAUGCAUAGGGAGAAUUGAGAACACCAAGCCAUUAAUCCAAUUGGGUUCUUUUAUUUUUUGGUCAUGAUUUCUGGCACAUUGAGUGUUUGCAUUUUGAUGUGACUUCUAAGAUCUGGUCAGUAGUUUCAGCUAUAAUUUUAAGUGAUUGUUAGGGAUAUAAGAAGAAGAAAUCCCUGAUUUUUUAGCUAGAACUUCAUUAUUGGUUGGGCAUAUAAGAAGAAGAAAUCUGUAAUCAAAUUGAGUUCUUGGUAGCUUUUUGCGUUCUUUGGUGUUCUGAAUUUUGAGGUAUUCUUGAGGAGAUGGUUACUGUGAAUCUUGGGGUUCUUCACUAUGUAUUGGACCAUCUUUAUGGGGCGUUUAUGCACCGAACCAAAUUAUCCACACCCUUUUUCUCAAAGGGAUGGGGUGGUAGCAAGCUUGAUAUGUUGGAGACUAUGAUCAAGCAAUUUUUCCCUGAAAAUGCGGGCAAAACAUGGCCCCCCAAUAUGGUUGAGCCUCUGUGGAGAACAGUUUGGGAGACCAAGACUGCUUGCCUCAGAGAGGGGAUUUUCAGGACUCCUUGUGAUGAGCAGCUGAUCAAUGCAUUGCCACCGGAAUGCUAUGAUGCUAGGGUUGCUUUCCUCUCCUCCAAGUCUGUACCUCCGCAUAAAAUGUCUUGUGUGGUCCAUCUUGCAGGAACUGGGGAUCAUUCAUUCGAGAGAAGACUACGUCUUGGGGGUCCAUUGUUGAAAGAAAACAUUGCAACCAUGGUACUUGAAAGCCCUUUCUAUGGACAUCGACGUCCUAGGCUGCAGCAAGGUGCAAAGCUCCUGUGUGUGAGUGACUUGCUGUUGUUAGGGAGGGUCACCAUCGAGGAAGCCCGGAGUUUGUUAUAUUGGUUAGAAGCGGUGGCUGGGUAUGGCAAGAUGGGUGUUUGCGGACUCAGCAUGGGGGGAGUUCAUGCUGCAAUGGUCGGAUCACUUCAUCCAACUCCUGUUGCCACACUACCUUUCUUAUCUCCCCAUUCAGCAGUUGUGGCAUUUUGUGAAGGCAUUCUCCAGCAUGGGACUGCGUGGGAGGUGCUGAGAACUGAUGCUGCCCAAAAAGUUGAGAUGACGCUUGAGCAAGUGAGAGAACGGAUGCGCUCUGUGCUGUCCCUAACUGAUGUGACACGCUUCCCUAUUCCGAAGAACCCUAAGGCUGUGGUCUUUGUUGCUGCCACUGAUGAUGGUUACAUUCCAAAGCAUUCAGUUUUGGAACUUCAAAAAGCUUGGCCAGGUUCUGAAGUGAGAUGGGUCACAGGUGGUCAUGUCUCCUCUUUCUUACUCCACAAUAAUGAGUUUCGGAGAGCAAUUCAAGAUGCCCUUAACAGAUUGCAGGGACAGGAACCUAUUGCACUUGUAACACAAUGACAAAUUUAAGUGUGAUUCUUUCUUCAUUCUACCACCUGAUUUAACUGUAACAUGGGACAAGAGCAAAUUACAAUUGAAGGAAAUUCAAUUGAUGUAUUUCAUUAACAUGGCAUUUACUAAGAAAAAGAAUAAUGAUACGUUGAUAUGACAUUGUACACUUAUUUCUUAAUGUAGUGAAAGGUUUGAUGUGCUGUUGUUGCCCA